AAGUCAGCCAUUUCCGGUGAGAGUCCAUAAACCUCCGGCGAAGGUCACCACUAUGCUGCUUUCAAGUGGAGAAAGAGCAUAGGAUAUUUUAGAAUGUGCUGUCGAGAAUCAGUACGAAGCACAUCCUUUUUCCAUCCCAUAAAUAAUGGCCUUACCCUCUUCCAUUCACCACUCACAACAACCCCUUCUUCUUCUUCUUCUUCCUCCUCCUCCUCUGACCUCUCUCAGACUCUGCUACUGACAGAGUACACCAACAUGGUCAAAUUCUCCAAGCAGUUCGAGGGACAGCUGAUCCCUGAAUGGAAACAUGCUUUUGUCGAUUAUCGACAACUAAAGAAGGACCUUAAGAAACUAUAUCUUCUUAAAACUGAUACCAAUCCCGCCGCCGGUACGGCGCCAAGUACCCUCUUGUCUUCCAUAAAAAAGCUCUCUUUUUUUGGUCACCAACGCAGAGAUCAUGGACCUAUUCAUGUUCAUAAGAAACUUGCUUCCUCUGCUAGCAAGGGAGAUAUGUAUGAAACAGAGCUGCUCGACCAAUUUGCCGACACAGCUGCAGCUAAGAAUUUCUUCUCAUGUCUGGAUUUCCAGCUUAAUAAAGUGAAUCAAUUCUUCAAGACAAAGGAGGCGGAGUUCAUGGAGAGAGGAGAUAGCUUGAAGAAACAGCUGGAGAUUCUCAUUGACUUGAAAACGGCGAUUCAGUGCCGGCGACAGACCGGCGAUAUUGCAGCUGAUUCUAAGGAGGAUGGUUCCAUCUCCUACACGAUUUCUUGUGAGGACAAAACAGAGCAAGAACAAUCCCAAGAGAACAAUAUCAAUGACGAAUUGGAGAAGACAGAGUUGGCAUUUUCAGACUCGCCAAGAUCCGAAGAAAUGGGAAAUCCGACAAGAACUAAAAUCUUGGAUCGUAAAUGGAGAUCAUUUUCCGGUCGGGUGAUCAGUUUUCAAGGGAAGAACAUAAAAAUGAACAUUCCUCUGACAAACCCAUCUCGGACUUUCUCUGCUAUAAGCCAUUUAUUCAGGGAAGAUUUGGCGAACUCAAAGAACUGCAAUGAAGGAACAAAACUUCAUAUUAACAAGACCAGGUUGCACCAUGCAGAGAAGAUGAUCAAAGGAGCUUUUGUUGAGCUGUAUAAGGGGCUGGGGUUUCUCAAAACUUACAGGCAAUUGAAUUUGCUUGCCUUUAUAAAGAUUUUGAAGAAGUUUGAUAAAGUCACUGGAAAACAAGUUCUUCCCAUUUAUCUGAAAGUUGUGGAAAGUUCUUAUUUCAACAGCUCCGACAAGGCAAUAAAGCUAGCAGAUGAGGUAGAGGAGCUGUUCAUCAAAAACUUUGCUGAGGAUGACAAAAGAAAGGCCAUGAAAUACCUUAAACCAAAGCAGCGUAAAGAGUCACACGGCAUUACCUUCUUCGUCGGACUGUUCACUGGUUGCUUCAUUGCGCUUCUAGCUGGUUAUGUUAUCAUGGCUCAUAUCAUGGGGACGUACAAAAGGCACCCUUUCUCUCUUUACAUGGAGACUGUCUAUCCAAUACUUAGCAUGUUCAGCUUGAUGUUCUUGCAUUUCUUCCUCUAUGGCUGCAACAUCUUUGCAUGGAGAAAGACUCGGAUCAAUUACAGCUUCAUUUUCGAGCUAUCCGCGACGAAGGAACUUAAAUAUCGAGACGUGUUCUUGAUAUGUACCACUUCAAUGACUGCUGUUAUUGGUGUCAUGUUUGUUCAUUUGACACUGCUUUCAAAAGGCUACUCUUAUACUCAAGUUCAAGUCAUCCCUGGCCUUCUCUUGUUGAUGUUCUUGCUGCUACUCGUGUGCCCCUUUGACGUUUAUUAUCGAUCGAGUCGCUACUGUUUCCUACGUGUGAUCAGAAAUAUAGCGUUUUCACCUCUUUACAAGGUAGUGAUGAUGGACUUCUUCAUGGCAGAUCAGCUAUGUAGUCAGGUCCCGUUGCUGCGAAACCUCGAGUACAUGGCCUGUUACUACAUAACAGGAAGCUACAAAACACAGAAUUACAACUACUGUAUGAACGGAAAGCAUUACCGAGAUCUCGCUUAUGCCGUUUCGUUUCUACCUUACUACUGGAGAGCAAUGCAGUGUGCAAGGCGCUGGUUUGAUGAAGGACAAACAAGCCACCUUGUGAAUCUAGGAAAGUAUGUGUCUGCAAUGUUGGCUGCUGGGGCCAAAGUGGCAUAUGAGAAAGACAAGGCCAAAGGAGUUGGAUGGCUAUGUCUUGUGGUGGUCAUGUCAAGUGGAGCAACAGUGUACCAAUUGUAUUGGGACUUUGUAAAGGAUUGGGGAUUGCUUCAAGUGAACUCCAAAAAUCCAUGGCUUAGGAAUGAUCUAAUGCUUAAACGAAAGACCAUUUACUACUUCUCCAUGGGCUUGAACUUCAUGCUUAGGCUUGCAUGGUUGCAAACUGUUCUUCAUUCAACUUUUGGACAUGUUGAUUCAAGAGUUACUGGACUGUUCUUAGCAGCUCUUGAAGUCAUUAGAAGAGGGCUGUGGAACUUUUUCAGGUUGGAGAAUGAGCAUCUUAAUAAUGCUGGAAAAUUUAGAGCAGUUAAUCCAGUGCCACUUCCAUUUGAUGAAGUUGAUGAGGUAGAGUGAUGCCUAUCAGCAACAGUCACGAACGGGAUUCGAAUCGACACGGACCGAUGAUUUUGUGGAACGUGUGUUUCGAGAGGAAUCUUAUUGUCCCCUUUCACCAUCAGCAAGGAAGCAACUUGAUCCUUGUUGUGGUUCAGUAAAAUUUGGGACAGUUCAGUUCAUACA